CACACUGCACGGAGCCCCAUGUGAGAGGAGAGGAACUGUAGCUGCAAUCCAUUGCCUUUCCCAGCUUAGAUACAAAUCGGGGGCAUAACAGGGCGCCAUGGCGGACUAUCGGAUCCGCGAGUACAGAGACGAGGACUACGAGGCGGUGCGCGAGAUGUUUGCCACUGGGAUGAGCGAGUACGUCCCCGCCCUGUGCAUGCACGUGCUAAAGCAGCCCUGGGUGAUCCUGGUACUGGCCUGCACCUUCUGCGUUCUGCUCACCAGCUCCAAGUCCCUCCUGCUGCCCAUCCUGGCCGUCACGCUGCUACUGGCUAUGGGGCGGCAGCUGCUCGGCUACUUCUGGACCAUGUAUAUCGAGCACUGCUUAAAGGAGGACCUGCUGGACAUCAGGACGACCUACAUGGGUAGCAAGGGCUCCUGCUUCUGGGUGGCAGAAGCGGAUGAGUGUGUGGUGGGCACCGUGGCUGCCAGGCCAUCUGAUGAGCAGGAGGGGGAGCUGAUGCUGAAGCGGAUGUCGGUGCGGAAGGACUACCGGGGGCUGGGCGUUGCCAAGGCGCUCUGCCAGGCGGUGAUCUGCUUCGCCGAGCAGCAGGGCUGCCGCGCCGUGGUGCUGAACACCCUGAUGGUGCAGGACGAGGCCCGCCUGAUGUACGAGCGUGUGGGCUUCGAGAAGUACCGUGACGACGUGCUGCCCACUGUCUACGGGAGACUGGCCAACGUCACCAUCUCCAAGUACAGGUACGGCGUCCCCCGCAGGAGCUGACGCGGGAGCGGACUCCGCGCUGCUGCCAAGGGCUGGAACCAGUAUCUCCUCCUAUUCCCUCGCCCCGGAGCAUACAGAGCGCAGAGGGUGAGACGCAGCUGACCGGUCACCUUGCAGAGCGCUGGCCUGAACAAAGUGGUGUCUCGCUCUCGCUGGCCUAUGCUACCGAUGUCUGAUUGCUCUGUGCAGUGGGGGAGAGCCAACCUGAUCCGCUUUGGCCUGUUGCCUGGCUGCCUUCUCGAGGCGCAGAUGGUGUGUGCUGGCCUGACAGACCCCACUGACAUUGUCCCGCUGACCUCCGGCCUUGUCUGCACCAAGGGCUGGGAGCUGGGCGGCCGGAGCUGGGCCUGGUGCGUUUGAGGCUUUUUCAGUACGCUGCCUUGACGCAGCAGUUCAGACUGGUUCCUCAGGUUGAGCGCGUUGGGCUCCGGGGAGUCUGCGUGCACAGGAGACUCGCCCAGCCUCGGCAGGGAGGUUUCCAUGCUCGUCACUGGGACGGGAUGACUCUGGGGGGUGGGUCAUGGUGAGAUGCUGGUAAGUCACUGGUUCAAACCCAGGUCACAUGGUUAGAUUCAACGCCAUUCCCACGUGCAUUGUGUUCUUUCAGUGGCCUUUGAGGAGACCAAGUGGUCUUGGAGCGGGGUAUCACACCUGGAUCUAACUGGAUGGGGUGUCGUCAUCAGCGUCAGAAGCCCUAGAGUGAGUGGGCCAUGGGGACUGAAGUCCCCUCCUGUUUGGAGGAACCUCUUUGUAACCAAAACCUGUCUCCACCCCUGUCCAUCCAGCCCUUCUUCCUAGCAUUAAAUCCACCUAGAAAUCCGACCAGGCAUUUGUCAUUCUCCCCAGCAGGCUGCUUGCGGGCUGGUGUCCCUCCAUCCGGCACUCAGUUGAGCAUGCUGCCUAGGCAGCGGCUCCGGGAGCUGGGAGGCCCAGCUCUGGGCCCGUGCUGCGUUGCUGUUGUGUUGGUGUUGUGGAAGUUUGGUGAAUAAAGAAAUUGCUACAUCGCU